GCCGCCGCCCCGCGCCCCGGCCGGGCGUGGAUGGGGGGCGCCGCGCGUCCUGCCCGCUGCUCGGCGUGACGCGGGCCCCGCGCCCCGCGCCCACCAUGUCCUACCCGCAGGGCUACCUGUACCAGGCGCCCGGCUCGCUGGCGCUCUACUCGUGCCCGGCGUACGGCGCCUCGGCCCUGGCGGCGCCGCGCAGCGAGGAGCUGGCGCGCUCGGCGUCGGGCUCGGCCUUCAGCCCCUACCCCGGCUCGGCGGCCUUCACGGCGCAGGCGACCACCGGCUUCGGCAGCCCGCUGCAGUACUCGGCCGACGCGGCGGCCGCCGGCUUCCCGUCCUACAUGGGCGCGCCCUACGACGCGCACGCCACGGGCAUGACGGGCGCCAUCGGCUACCACCCCUACAGCAGCGCGGCCUACCCCUACCAGCUCAAUGACCCCGCGUACCGCAAGAACGCCACGCGGGAUGCCACAGCCACGCUCAAGGCCUGGCUGCAGGAGCACCGCAAGAACCCCUACCCCACCAAGGGCGAGAAGAUCAUGCUGGCCAUCAUCACCAAGAUGACCCUCACGCAGGUCUCCACCUGGUUCGCCAACGCGCGCCGGCGCCUCAAGAAGGAGAACAAGAUGACUUGGGCCCCGCGGAACAAAAGCGAGGACGAGGACGAGGAGGAAGGCGACGCGGCGCGGGCCAAGGAGGAGAGCGGGGACAAGGCGCAGGAAAGCGCCGAGACAUCAGCGGAGGACGAAGGGAUCAGCCUGCAAGUGGACUCGCUCACCGAUCACUCCUGCUCCGUUGAGUCUGACGGCGAGAAGCCGCCGUGCGGGGCCGGGGACCCGCUGUGUGAGUCGGGCUCCGAGUGCAAGGAUAAGUACGACGAGCUGGAGGACGACGAGGAGGACGAGGAUGAAGCCGAGCGGGACCUGGCGCCCCCCAAGCCGGUGACCUCGUCGCCGCUGACGGGCGUGGAGGCGCCGCGCGCCGGUGGAGGCGGGAAGCCGCUCCUGGGCAGCCGGACGUCACCAGGCGCGCCGCCGCCGGCCAACAAGCCCAAGCUGUGGUCUCUGGCCGAGAUCGCCACGUCGGACCUCAAGCAGCCGAGCCUUGGGCCGGCCUGUGCGCCGCAGGGGCUGCCCGCGGCCGCCGCGCCCGCCUCCACCGGGGCCCCACCGGGCGGCUCGCCCUACCCUGCGUCCCCGCUGCUCGGCCGCCACCUGUACUACACGGCGCCCUUCUACAGCAGCUACACGAACUACGGGAACCUGAACGCCGCGCUGCCUGCCCAGGGCCUCCUGCGCUACAACGCGGCGCCCGGGGAGGCCCUGCACGCCGCGCCCAAGGCGGCCAGCGACGCGGGCAAGGCGGGUGCGCACCCCCUGGGGUCCCACUACCGGCCCCCGGCAGGCGGCUACGAGCCCAAGAAAGAUGCGGGCGAGGGCUGCCCUGCGGCUGACGGGGGCGCGCAGCCCUACCUAUAGGAGGGCCGAGCUCAGCUCUCAAGUAAGUGGGCGCCAGCUGGGCGCCGCCUGCACGCGCUUGCCUGCCUGCCUGCCUCCCCCUCCGCUCCUCUGCUCGGAUCCCUCCACGUUAAGGAGGGCGCCCCUUCUCUCUGCAGGGGUGGGCAAGGGAGAGGCUUCCGGUCCUGCCUUUCGGACCCUGGGAGCCAGGCGGAGAGUGGGCCCCUGAUUCUGCCUGGCGCUGGCAGCCACCGGCCUCAGAGCCCACGGGCUGGCCCGAGGCUGAGAGACUGGGGCCCAGGGGAGCCUUCCCCGAUGGUGAGGGCCGUGUGGGGCCCGCUGUGGGGACAUGGGCGUGGAACUCCCCGUCAGGAUCAGGAUGAUUCCGCGUUUUCCAUGGCCCGCAGGUAGGUGUCACAAUUGCUCUGGAAACGGAAAGUCAGCGGGCCGGGCCUCCCCUCUCCCCAACUUCCAAACCCAGCGGAGCCCUGCCCAGGCCGGGCCGGCGCGGCUCCCAGCCUCGGGACCUCGUGUUGGACCUUGUGAUUUGUGGCAUAGUGUAGCUUCCCUUGUACGUGUGACUUUGGCAAACAAUCUUUUUUCUCAGGAUAUCUUGAUCACCCCAUUGCCACGGUAUAUACGUAUAUAUAAAUAUAAAUAUAUAUAUAUAUAUUCUCUAGGUGUGCUAGCACUCCGUGUACAAUUGAUUUGUAAACGAUGUACACAGUAGACACGGUAUGUGAUUGAAGACCUUGAGUGGAAACAAAUUUGAUAUUUAUUUUUAUAAUGAUAUAAAGCUUCUAGUAAUUUAUGCAAGUUGUAUUGCAACAGAAUCUAAACUUUUGUAAAUAAAUUCUGCCUGGUUUUUAUUUGAACAUUGCUGGUUAUACAAUCUUUGUUGGUUGUUUAACAAGAAUUCUUUACUAAUUUAUAUCUUAAAUUGUAAAUAAAAACAGACUAGUCUACGAGGA